CGCCUUUCUUCGUCGCAACGUCGCAACUCUCCAGGGCCUCUCCACAGAUCUGAAAUCUCGCCCCGUCUUUCCUGCUCCAUCUGGAUCAUAACCACUCUCCGCGGGGCAUAGUUCUGCACGGGCAAGACAAGGGCCAUGCAGAUGACGACCCUUCACGGCAAAAACGUCAACUCGGGCUGCUUGUCCAAGUUAGCCUUUUGCCCACACCAGUACGGAUACCCGGUGCUGCCAUGAUGAGGUACUUGGCCCGAAUACUGCGUCUGGCGGGCAACACCAGGUACCUCGCCAUGUCCGAGUUUUUUCCCGCUCUCCUCCUCCGUUACUCUUCUUGCUGUUCGUAAUCUUCAUCUUCCGUGAUCUUGUCUUCAACAACAUAUUUAAAGACUAUCUCCAGAUACCUACUUCUCCCUCUUUUUGCUCAUCAUCAAACCAGUCUUCAGCAUUUUGAGUGAUACCCCCAUUUGAAGGACCAUCAUAUAUCGACUCUUUCUUCACAUCGAGCUGUAAUCUUUCCUAGAUUUUUUGUACCAAACUCUUCUUUUCGACUUUGCAAACUACUGUCACAAUGGCUGCUGCUGUCGCCACCCCUUACGUCCGCACCGACGGACACGCCCUCGAGGAGACCACCGACUUUGUCGAGGAGGUCAACAUUCUCAAGGACCAGUACAACAAGGCACAGAACGACUACGAGGGCGAGUCCAAGUUCGACUCAGAGAAGGACAAGACCGCUUUCCGCCAGUACGAGGAUGCUUGCGACCGCGUCAAGAACUUUUACAAGGAGCAGCAUGAGAAGCAGACCGUCGAGUACAACCUCGCUGCCCGCCAGAAGUUCGCCAUCGACCUUACUGGCAAGAUCCCCUGCCGCGAUGAGAUGACCAUCUGGGAGGCCAUGGAGAAGCUCAACACCCUCAUCGACAACUCGGACCCCGACACCGAGCUCUCUCAGAUUCAGCACUUGCUUCAGACCGCCGAGGCCAUGCGCCGUGACGGCAAGCCCCGCUGGAUGCAGCUUACCGGCCUGAUCCACGAUCUCGGCAAGCUCCUCUUCUUCUACGGAGCCGAGGGCCAGUGGGAUGUCGUCGGUGACACCUUCCCCGUCGGAUGUGCCUUUGACAACCGCAUUGUCCUCCCCACCACCUUUGAGGGCAACCCCGACAACACCCACCCCGUCUACAGCACCAAGAACGGCAUCUACGAGCCCGGCUGCGGUAUUGAGAACCUCAUGAUCUCAUGGGGCCACGACGAGUACAUGUACACCGUCUGCAAGGAGCAGUCCAAGCUUCCCCGUGAGGCUCUCGCCAUGAUCCGCUACCACUCCUUCUACCCCUGGCACCGUGAGGGCGCCUACCGCGAGUUCAUGAAGGAGGGUGAUGAGGACCUCCUCAAGGCCGUCCUUGCCUUCAACCCCUACGACUUGUACAGCAAGUCCGACGAUGCCCCCACCGUCGAGGAGCUCAAGCCCUACUACAUGGAGCUCAUUGAUGAGUACUUCCCCACCAAGGUCAUCAAGUGGUAGACAUGCCCUUCCAGAUUGCAUGUUACGACGGGUACGAAAUGAGAUGGGACCUUUGGCAUACACGCCCUGGAACAGAAGUCAUGUCGCCAGAGGCACGGCGUUUUAAUUGGGAUAUUUCAUGAUAAAUUUGAGCGGUC